GGAGUUCAUAUAAAGUUCAUCAACAAAUUAAAACAUUAACAAACAAUAUCUCUUACUGGAAAUCAAUAAUUCAACUUGAGAUGGUUUAUAUCAUUGGGCUUCACAAAAUUUAAGUUUUCAAAGAAACGUUUCUGCAUUUCGACAUAUUGAUUGGAAUAAUCAUCAACAAAUAUUUACCGAUGUAUUGAUGGAAGAUUUAGCUAAAGAAUAUUCAGAACCUGAAAUAAUUGAACUCAUUAAAGAAGAACGUUCACCACCUGUCACUCCAUGUGAACCUAUACUCCAUGAGGAAAUUAAACGAUUGUGUGAUACAGAUAAUGCUAUGAUGAAUCUAACACAAUAUCCUCAUGUAUUUCGUUAUUUAUCAUAUGCUUUCAUGGACAUAACAUUUCUUAAUGAUUGUCAAGCUAAUAAUUGGCAAGAAAAUUUUUGGAUAUCAACUGAAUUCCAACGUUUAAUUGCAACUAAAGGAGAAUCAUUAAAUCCAUUUUUACGUCCUCCACGAUGGAUUAUUAUCUACCGCAACCAACAAUUAAUUUUUCUUAGCGCUUUAGAAGCCAAUUGGGUAAUAGGUCGUUUAAACUCUCUUUAUCACAAAAGAGAAUCGAAAAAUCCAUCGAUGACGACAUUACGCCUAUUAUUACCCCAUAUUAAACGAGUUCAAUCAAUUUUUGUCAAUACACCAUCUCUCACAAUUCCUCCAUUGAUUGGAUAUCCGAAUGAUACUAUUUGUUUCUUUACAUCACCUGAAUGGUUGGUUCAAUUAUUUAUUUUUAAUGGUACACUUUAUUUUGAAACAGUUGAUGAGCAGAUAGCUUAUUGUCAAUGUUUAAGCUUAUGUCCAAAACCUCGAACAAUGGAAGAAGAAGAAGAAUUUAAGAAUGGUUGGAUGAUUGCUGUUGAUGGCUUUGUUAGUAAUCCUGAACAUCGUCAUUGUUUGAAAACGCAUCAAGUUCGAUUCCAUUGCAAUUUACUAACAUUUGUCAAGAAUAUAAUUGAAAAUCGGUAUAAUUCACAUGCACCUAUGACAUCAUAUGUUGGCAGUAUUAUUCUGAAUACCUUCAAACUCAUUUAA